AUGCAAACUCCACGCGAGUCUCAGGACGGCGUCCAACCAUCAUCUAUCGCCUCAGCUCGAGGCAACUCUGUCGGUCAUUCGGAAAGUAAUUCGAAAGCUGAAGCGAACAAGGAACACAAUGAACACCUAAAGGACAACGCAGACAUCAUCUCACCGGUUCAGCCAUCUGGCACGGACGACAAAGCUGUGACUGAAGGGCUCUUCGUGUCGACUUCGAACGACACAGCAGCCAACAAGAGCGACGUCGUCAGAACUUCCUCCAAGAGAGGCGGCGGCGACGGCCCGUACUCCAACGUCGACGCCACGGACGCUUCUACCGUCGACACUUAUCGGCCGGACCCCUACGACUUUGGUCGACACCGUCGUGACAAUGUCUCCAAGAAGCAGAUGAAGAUUGAGCAUCCCAAGGGCAACAAGAGGAAACUAAAGAAAUUCUACAACCGACAGAAUGAGCUCAUUGACCAAUUCCUCGGUGCCGAGGAUGAAGAGAGACAGCAGGUUGCCGAAGACGCGCGAAUGGGUCCCAAGAUCAAGUUCGCCGUCAACGCCUCCUUCACAGUCAACUUUUGCCUAUUCGUCAUUCAGCUCUACGCCGCCGUCUCAACUGGGUCUCUGUCGCUUUUUGCCACUGCAGCCGACGCAUUUAUGGAUCUGGUCUCAUCCUUUGUGAUGCUCAUCACCUCAAGGAUGGCGGCGCGGCCGAGCGUUUACAAGUACCCGGUGGGACGAACCAGGAUUGAGACGAUUGGCAUCAUCUUAUUCUGCGCUCUCAUGACAACCGUUGCCAUUCAACUUCUGGUCGAGUCAGGCCGCUCACUUGGCGAGGGCAAGCGGGCCUCUGAACAACUGCACAUUGUCCCCAUCGUUAUCGUUGGUGUGGCCAUCUUUGCCAAGGCCUCCUUGAUGAUCUACUGCUUCGCCUACCGGAAAUUCCCUUCAGUGCAUGUGUUUUUUAUCGACCACCGCAAUGACAUUGUGGUCAACAGCUUCGGCCUGAUCAUGUCCGUCGUGGGAGACCGCUUCGUGUGGUACUUGGAUCCCAUUGGCGCCAUCUGCAUUGCGCUGCUCAUCUUGUUCUCCUGGGUGUCCAACGCCUUUGAGCAGGUGUGGUUGCUCGUCGGCAAGUCGGCGCCGAGGGACUUUGUCUCGAAGCUGAUUUACAUGGCCAUGACCCACGAUACUCGGAUUCUCAAAGUUGACACUUGCCGCGCGUAUCACGCAGGACAAAAUUACUACGUGGAGAUUGACAUCGUCAUGGAUGAGACGACGCCCCUGAGAAUCUCGCACGACGUUGCUCAGGAACUGCAGAGAAAGGUCGAAGGUUUGUCUGAUGUCGAAAGAGCCUUCGUCCAUGUCGACUACAGCGAGGCUCACGAUCCUCAUGAGGAGCACAAGCCGCUGUACGAGAGACUCUCAAAGAAGCCCCAGAAGAGGACGCUCAAGGACAUCCUGUUGAGGACGAAGAAGGAGACGGCAGACGUCACGGAGACUGAAAUCUCGAGCGGGCGAAACUCUGCAUGA